UAUAAAUAUCACGUGUAUGAGGAAUCGGAACUUAUUCCAAGUUCAGCGUUUCAGAAUUACUAGUGUUGAGGCUUUCGCAAAAACCAAGUUGACAAUGGCAUUUGCGGAGCUCAUCAUCACUUUUGGCGUCAUCAGCAUCUCAUCUGCAACCCCCGUUGAGACCCCGGCCGCUGCUGCCACCCUCACCGCAGCCCCCGCCCUCCCGGCCAUCCCUGACGCCUACCCCAUGGACAAUUUCGGAUACGCCGUCAACGACCCCAUCACCGGCGACGCCAAAGCUCACUCGGAGGUCCGCGACGGUGACAUGGUCCAGGGCUCCUACAGCUACGUCGGGGCUGACGGGCACGUCAGGACGGUGGACUGGCACGACACCAACGGCUUUAACGUCGCCGUCUCCAAACACCCCCGCGAGCUACCAUUGACCUCCUCACGGAUCGCCAUCCCUCUCGUUCGAGCGGCCGCUCCUGUCAUCGCGUCAGAAGCUGUGGUACCUGAUAAAGUUCGUGUUCCAAAGGCUGCUACACAACCAGGAGCUGCGGAAUCUGCCCUAACAACCGGCCCAUGGCUGCCUUGCACCGACGACUCUCAGAUCUAUGAGGAAGCUGCACAUGAACAGAAACCUGCUCAUGCUCAACCCGAAUACCGAGCGAUUCCAAAUACACCUAUCCAAGUUGCUGCUGAGCCCUCUGUUCAACAUCUCCGACCGAGGCCUACUCGUUCGGUCCCAAAUCUGAAGGCUACAACUCGUGUUGCUUUUCCACCGCCGAUCUACUUUAGUGCCUAUCCGCAUGUCCAUCAGCCGACUCCAUUUGGUGCGCUCCUCCACGACCCUGUCCACUUUGCUCCGUACGUCUAUUAAGCCUACUUUGAAAAAAAAAUCUCGGUGUAUUUACCAAGGAAAGGGUAAAAUUACCAAGAAUUCAGGGUUCUAUUUGAUCCCAGUUUUUUCUUG